UAAUUAGAACCUUCUGGAUAGACCCACAGUUCCACUGUCUUUCUCUCCACGCAAUCAACAAACACCCUGCAUAUUUCACUUCCAGAGGCCACCACAAAGUAACAUGGAUACACAGAAAAGCCAACCUGAUCAAAAGCCAUCUUCGUGUCGAAAGAAGAAGAAUGAGGAAGCCACUUUCAUUGAAGAUCUGAAAGAUCACAUUGAUGAGUUUAUUCAUGCUUCUAUGGAUGAACAUAAAGCUUGUUUUCAGAAAACAAUGAACAAGAUGUUUGGUUUGUCUAAGGCUGUUGCGGAGAAGAAUUCUACUGACGUUGCUAAUGGAGUUGAAAGUUCUCUGCCUCUUCAGACAACAACUCUGCAAGAUUAGUUUUAUUUUGAAUCUAAACUUUUUAUUUUAGUCAUGAUGUGGGAAUGUAGUAUCCCUUGAUGUCUCUGUUUUGUUAUGUUGGAAUUUAAAUAAAUGUGAGAAACUUUAGUUAACAUUUUGUUUUCAAUGUAAAAAAAUAAAUGAAUUUAACUAGGGGUGUUCAUGGGUGCGGGUCAACCCACUGACCCAAUCCAACCCAACCCAUUAUUUACCCGAAUCCGUUCACUUGCGGGUAGAAUUCGGCCUAACCCGCCAUACUCAUAAGCAAUCAGUUUGGGUAUUAGAUUUGAGUUUUUGAACUCGUUUACCCGUGUACCCAACCCGUCAUGGGAAUGAUGUGUUUUUUGGGAAUUUGUUACUCUUAUUUAGUUUAUUAAGUGUUACGAUUAAAAAUGAAUUUUUAUUUGAAGUUAAA